AAUAUUUCUCUCUCCCUAUAAAUACCCCUAUCCUUCCCUUCUUUCCCUCCCUUCUCCAUUCCAUCUUCCCUCUUCUCUCCUGUUUCUCUCUCUCUCUCACACACACACACCAACACAGCUUCUCUUAAAACUUCACCACUCCACACUGCAUAUUUACCUCCACCAUAAAGAACCGCACACAAACACUAUAAGGGGCGAGGCAGAAAGGAAUUUGCUUGUGGGCUCACUCUUUUUUCACUAAUCCAACAAUGUCAGCUUGCAGAGAUGAUGAUCCGCGUAUCCGUUCCAUUCAAUCCAAAAUCCGGGUCGUACCCAACUUUCCCAAACCAGGGAUAAUGUUUCAAGACAUAACUACACUUUUACUUGAUCCCAAAGCCUUCAAAGAUACCAUAGACUUGUUUGUGGAUCGCUACAAAGGCAAAAACAUUUCUGUUGUAGCGGGAAUAGAAGCUCGUGGCUUUAUAUUUGGUCCUCCUAUAGCAUUGGCAAUAGGGGCAAAAUUUGUUCCCUUGAGAAAACGAAAAAAACUGCCAGGUAAAGUCUACAGAGAAGAAUAUGACUUGGAAUAUGGAAGUGAUUGUAUCGAGAUGCACGUUGGAGCUGUAGACCCUGGAGAACGUGCUUUGGUAGUUGAUGAUCUGAUAGCUACUGGUGGCACCCUGCGCGCAGCUAUGAAUUUAUUGGAACGUGCUGAAGCUGAAGUUGUUGAAUGUGCUUGUGUGAUUGAAAUACCGGAUCUAAAGGGGCGGGAUCGAUUGAACGGGAAGCCAUUGUAUGUUCUUGUGGAGUCUCAGUAGUUUGUGCAGCAUGAAGAAAAUUGUACAUUAGAGGGCUCUCUCUCUUGGUAGAAAUUUUCCCCAGAUCUUCCUCCAUUACGUGGUUACUACAUAUUGAAACAUUUCAGAAUUUA